GAUGAUCAUCUUUAACAAACCCUUCAUGACGCACCGCCUUGAUUGGUUUGCAGCCAGUAUAUCAAAUGACAAACUAACUGGACCGUCUCAAUUCAAACCAUCGAGGCUCAAUUCAAUGCUCAUCGAUAUUAGUACAGACAAUGCGCUGUGUGUGCCUUAUACAAUACUAGGACAUGUAUUCAAUUAAAAGCCUAUAGUGCCGAUGAAAUACACGGAACUAACAUGUCUAUGUACGAGGUUUCUACGGAUGAUUUCCAUCUGACAGAAGAGCAGGUUCAAGAUUUUCGAGAGGCGUUCGGUCUGUUUGACAGAGAGGGAAAGGGAAGCAUUAACGUGGAUGAUCUGAAGACUGUGCUGAGAUCGCUGGGCAAGAAUCCUUCCGACGAAGAGCUUCAUGAUAUGAUUAGAGAGGUCGAUGACGACGAGAGUGGUACGAUUGAAUUUCCCGAAUUUCUAACCAUGAUGAUUCGCAAAGUGAAGGCGCCGGAUUCUCAAGAAGAGCUUAUCAACGCGUUCCGAGUGUUUGACCAUGCUAACAACGGGUUCAUAAGCAUUCAUCAUCUUCGUCACGUGCUCACAGACCUUGGAGAAAAACUCAACGCCACGGAAAUCAGCGAACUUUGCCGAGUGGCAGAUCCCAAGGGAAACGGACAAGUAAAUUAUGUUGAGUUUGUAAAAAAUAUGUCAACAUAAGGUAUCGGUUCUGGAAUCCUUGCUCAAGUUUCAAAAGCCUUCUGCAGUUCACAGUUCAGCACAUCGAAUGAUUGUCCUCAACGGAAAUCUUCAGAAAAACAACACUGAAUUGUAGAAAGUGACACAUCCAACCAUUAAAUUGCACAUGUCCAGUGUUGAACUCCUGUAAAACAAACAGUAAAAAACAUGCGACAGGUCUGAUGAACAAAGUGACAGCAAUUAUCGAAAGUGAAUUAUCUUUUGUGUCUCAAACUCGGUGGAUAGUCAUAAUAAGUCUAACAUGAAAAUAAGCCUUGUUCUGGAAAAACCGGUCUUAAUGCAUGUACAUAAAGUGUUGUCAGUGAUCAGCUUGUCCAGUAAACACAGGCUAAUCAAGGACGACACUUACCGCCUUGAUUGGAUUCUCGAUUAGAAGAGACUUUCUUUAAACCUACGCACACGCAUUAAGCCCCGUUUUUUCAAACUGUUAGAAAAAGGCUGACAUCAAUGAGUAACUUUAUUAAAUCCACUAUUUCUUGGUAAUUACUUAUUGACAUGAUUUUUUAUGACAACAAAAAUAUACAAAAUACCAUAUCAGCAGAAAGUGUCGUCCCUGAUUAGCCUGUAAGGUCUGCACAGGCUAAUCUUGGACAACUCUUUUCGCACAUGCAUUAGGCCCGUUUUUUCAUUUUAAUUUUAUACAUGCAUGGAGAGCACAGACAUCAGACUGUAUGGUGUAAGUGCCACUUACCUAAGAUGAAAUAUUUGGGAGGAGCAUCCCUUGCCCUUAACUCCUUCGUUUCCUAGACAUUUAAUUAUUUCUUUAGUGAGUUACCUACCUUGCCCCAAAAAUUACAAGUUUUAAGUGUUGGCUGUGUUGUUUGAAUUCACUAUAUUUGAUAUUUUACCUUAUCUGAAUUCCUUAGAAAAGUUAAAUAUGCCUAUUCAUAUUUUUAAUUUUAAAAAAGUACAAAAAAUAUUCCUCGUUAGCAAAAGUUCUUAUAAAUUCGUGUCUAUUUCUUUCAUAAAAUGCUUUAAGGCCUUCAAUAUUGCAAUAAACCAGAAAAGAGGUGGUUCCAUUAAAAUCUCCUCAAGGUUGAAUGAUAGCGUUAAUUAGUUCAAAGGACAUAAAUCUGUAUGACAGUCACAAUGAAAAUGAACAUUUCAAAUCUUAUCAGGAAAUCAAUUUAAUCAAGGCACAAGUAGUGAAAGACUUAUGUGAAAGCAAUUACAAUUAACAAAUCAUACAUAUAAGAGUAAAAUAAAAACAAAUACAUACAUAAGAAAACACAUAUGUGCAACUAUGUUUUGAAUAUGAUAUUGUUCAAGGUGUGUUCUUUGAAUUCUAAAUACUUUUCAAGCAAUGUUAAACAAAAUGUGUUCUUAUGCUAAAUAUUGCAAUACAUAGAUAAAUAUAAGAGUAUGGAAAAUAUUUCCACUUAUAAUUGCUGACUUUGCUAUUCAUAAAGUCAAUACAAUACUAAAACAAUAUUUUACACAAAGGCGCAUCAACUAUAAAUUGUCUCGCAUUCCAGAUAUUAUCUUAAUAUAAUGUAGGCCUAGUUCUGUAAAACUCCGCUUACUGCCUGUGCACAAAGUGUCUUUCAAUAUUAGCGUUCUGCACAGGCUAAUCAGAUAAAACAAGUUUUGCUUUUACAGCAUUUUUAAGGAAGUCUCUUGUUAGCAAAAGUCCAGUCUAGGUGGAAAGUUUUGUCCCUGAUUAGCCCGUGCAGUCUUUGAGGACACUUUACACACAAACAUUAAACCCAGUUUCCACAAAACGUAGCUCAUAUCAUGUGCAUCACAAUGAAAACUUAACAUCCUCUGUAUAUUUUAGUUCUCUAAUAUUAAAAGCAAGUUAAUUAUAAGUUCUUGGGUCAUAUGGCGUCUUUGGUAAGAUUACUUACAUUUU